AUGAUUAAUACUCUUAUUUGGAACAUACGGGGCAUCGGUAAUAGCCUCGCCAAAAAGAUGACCAAAACUCUCAUUAAAGACCACAAACUUAACCUUCUCGCCCUCAUCGAACCAAAGAUUUCCCUCGACCCAAAAUACUUAUGUAGAUUGUUUAACUUCCAACAAGUCGUCCAAAACGCCAGUAAUCACAUUUGGCUCUUAUGUGACCAUAAUUGCCAAAUUCAAAUUCUUCCCUCUUCCCGUCAACUUCUUCACGUUAAAGUUUCUUCACCUCUCUCUCCCACUCCAUUCUUGCUUUUCAUCGUCUAUGAAGAACACUCCCAUCUCCCUCGCCAAGAUCUUUGGGCUGACCUUCUCGAUGUCGCUGACAAUUCUCUUCCUUGGAUGGUCGGAGGCGAUUUCAACAUCGUGCUUCACCUGCACGAAAAGAAAGGUGGAGCCCUACCAAUUCAAUCAGAAUUGGAGGAUUUCCAGGACGCACUCCUAGACUGCCAUCUCUCGGAUGGUGGCUACUCGGGACCUCCUUUCACCUGGUAUAGAAACUCUAUCUGGCAUAGAAUUGACCGGAUUCUUUUCUCCCCUUCAUGGUUCCCCUUUUUCCCUUCCUCCUAUGUCACGCACCUCGCUCGUCACCAUUCCGAUCAUAACGUUCUUCUCUGUAAAUUUAGCCCUCUUUUUGUCAAACCUAAAUCCUCCUUCCAUUUUCAAAAUAUGUGGAGUCGGCAUCACCUUUUUAUCCAAGUAGUCAAAGACUCUUGGUUCAUCCCAUCACCUUCUUUCGGCCUUAACAAGCUUCUUCAUAAGCUUGGCAGGCUUAAGUGUGCUCUCCAAUCUUGGAACAGGACCACCUUCGGGAACAUUUUUGCCUGCUUCGCCCAAGCCCAGUCUGAAGCCUCCGAAGCCUAG